AUGUUUAUUUGCGUUUUAAUGUCCGUUGGAAAUCUAUAUGGUUAUCCUUCAGAAUCAUUCAAUGAACCGAUUAUAAAUUAUAGUUAUGGUCUUGACGAUUUACAUUAUCAACAAUUAGCAAAUAAUGAACAUUAUUUAAAAUUAUUAAAUAUGAAUGAUGACAAGCAAUUAUUAUUACCGUAUAUGAAUUAUAUUCAUAAACGUUUAAUUGACUUUUAA